AUGUGUGAUUCGGACAACAGAGUCUUGAAGAUACUGGCGCUUUUUCUUCUUGCAAUAUCUCCAUCACUUUCCAAAGAAGAGGCGAAAUCUAGACAGAAAAGACUCCUGUGGGUCACGCAAGAUGGCAGGCUGGCCCUACCGCCUGGCACAACUUUGGUGAUAGCUCCGUCACUUUCCCUACCUUUUGUGAGGUACCCUCCGGAAGGGUUCUUCUCAAAUUUGACCAUAAGUUUGCCCUUUACAAUCGACUUCAAUAAACUAGGUCUAACAGACAAUGAAAACCCUUAUGGCGUCCUGCCGCCACUUUUGGCCCGUUCCAUGGGCAGAGCGGCAGGAAACGUUCUUGCAAAGUACAUUGGAAGCAUGCUGGAUCGCCGGAGAACCAAAAGAUCGAUAGAGGAAAAGCCUGCCGACUCUUACGCUGACGCCUUCCACGGUGGAGAGAGGGCGCUGCUGUACGUUAUGGUGGAGGAGUUCCUGGAGAAUUUCGGGAUGGACGGGAAAGCCUGUUUAUUGAGGGCGAUUUGUGAGGUCCAUGCGCACCCCAUGAGGAAUUUCGGGUUGCUCGGGGAAAUGCUGAAAUUGUUCUUCAGUGCUAGCAAAUCUCCCUAUUCAGAAAUGUUGGAAGAAUAUGUGGAAGCAGAGAAUGCAGGAAUAGGAAAAGAAGGACCAUCUGAAUGUUGGCCAUACAUGAAAGAUUGUCCAAAAUCUUUGUUCAUACCAAAACACAAUCAUUAUAGGGACAUGGAGGAUAAUGAAGUAGAAAUUGACUCACCACAUGAAGAUGUACCUAGAGAUUCAAAAGUUACCUAUAAUCCCUCCAUAAAUAUGUAG